AUGUCACAAAAUCCAGGCAACGAGAAUAUUGCUGGCGCUGCCACUUCGCAACCAUCAACUUCCAGACUAAAGUCUCCGCCUACAUACGCAGAAUUACGCCCUUUAAGACCUCAAAAUCAGGAUUAUGCAAACAGAGAGACCUCUGGGUUCCCGGUUUUAUCAAAUCCGUAUGCAGGGGAAGUAUCGGGAAUCCUAACGCCGGAGACGAGCAUGUCAUCGCACUACACGACAACUCCUGAGGUAAUGACUCCCAACAUUCGCGAACAGCCGAGGGUCGGUGAACGCUUGACGAACACUAGAGAUCCUAUUGAAGCUAUUAAAGAAUCCCUUGGAAAGCCUGAGGGAACUUCCGACUUCGCUUCAGUGCUGUAUGCUUUUUUCUCGAAGGAAUCGUCGACGUUAAGUCGGGUUUCUGUAGAGACAAACCUCAUCCUCACGAUUAUUCUGGAAUGUAAGGAGGAAAUCAGUCAUCUGCGUCGUUCCCAAGAUAUCUCUUCGCCUUUCACAGAUGUACAAGAGUUCAAAUACGAAAAUCUUGCCGGAAAUCAUAUAUUGAGCUAUCAAAAACCAUUUAAGAAGGUGAAUUUAAAUGAAGCCCUCUGUCACUACACUGCUCCGAAACGAUCGGCGGGUUGCGCAGUCAAACAAGUUACGGAUUUUCUGCGAAACAUCUUCAAAGAGAUUUGUGAUCCGCCAUACGAAAUAUGGAAAUACACCUACCGUGCCACAAAUUCUCCCCGAGGAGAAAACAGUUUGAUUAAUUUGCCGGAAGGCAUCAGUGGCACCAUCACAGAAUUCAUAAUUGAUGCCGUAGGCCUAUCCCAUCCUUAUAUAAUCCAUGGAACACUCGCAAACCUGAGAAAUUCCGAGGACGGGUUCUGGUUGGCCCUUGGCGACACCGAAGAGAAUAGAGAAAAACGCUUCAAGCAACUCUUAAGGGCGAAGACGACCUGGUAUGACAACUGUAAAACUUGUAUGACGCGAUCCCUAGAGGACAUCCGUGCCUACCGCCUGCACCGCGGCCAUCUAUUCGCUCCCAAGAAAUGCAAAACACCCAAUGAUACGGGGCUUUCUCGUCAACAAAUGGCGGAAAUGUCACCAGAAGAGAGAGAACAAGCUUUGCAGAAUUCGUAA